CAACUCAAAAAAAAAACCUCCGUACAUAUAAUAUGAGCAGCUACGGUAAGCGCACGCCCGGACAGUCAGGCUUACACCCGUGCACCAAUGAGUCACGGUGCGCCGGUCUGUCAAGCAGGGCCAUGCAUCCGUACAUCUCAUGUGGCUAUUGGCCUAUGACUAAUCUUACCCCAUACUCAGCAGUCCAGCACCCAGUGGGCCAGGCAGUGGGAGUAGGAGAUGGCAGCACAGUUGGCAGCACAGUUGGCAGCGCAGUUGGCAGUACAAGCUGACACCAGCAGCACAGCAGUAACCUAAGGACAGAAGGGUAGGGUCUUAGGCAGUGAGCAG